AUGUCUAACCUGAGAAGGGUGUUGGAGAGGCAAGAGCAAGAAGAAGAAGAAAUCAAGCACAGACGUGCUGAAGAAGAUCGUGAGUUGGAUGAAGAAGAGGAUGAAGUUGUUUUAGCGGUGGGUAUGCUCAAUCAAUCAAGGCAACACCACCAUGGUCGUGUCCUAAACGUGGAUGAGAUUGCUAGUACGGGAAAAUCAACUAUCCAAGAGUGCUUGGUUAGAUUCUGUAAUGCAAUAGAAACUCUCUAUACGAGGGAUUACCUCCACAAACCUACGCCUAGGGACCUCCAAAGGCUUCUACAAAAAGUCGAGGCUCGAGGUUUCCCAGGUAUGAUUGGAAGCAUCGACUGCAUAAACUAG